AUGUCCACGCGCAAAAGCCAGUCUUCAAGGAAGCGCCCUCUGCGUUUACCAACCAUUGCGCCGAAAGACGACAUGACACCUUUGCGUUCCCAUGAUGGCACACCGGCGGCUAUUAGAGCGACGGUAAUACAGCCUCGUCUGCGCUUUCCACCGCGAUCCAGAACUGGGUGUUGGACAUGUAGAAGUCGUAAGAUUAAAUGUGAUGAGGUCCAUCCACAGUGUAAUCAAUGCGCGCGGCUCGGCCAUAUUUGUGACUACCAACCCCGGCUGUGCUUUCGGGAUGACACCCGCCGGGUUAUGGAGCGCAUGCCCGAUGUCAAGACAGAAGGGAAUUCCGUUUGGGACCCAACAAAGAUGUCGCUCUGGAGAGAGCGUCUUGGUACUUCGGACUCAAUACCCUGCGAUUUGCUCCCAGAUUUCUCGAAGCUUAUCUCAGAUGAAGACAGGGAGAAAAAAGCACAAGGGUCAGUUCCAGGCACAUACCAUGUGGUUGCGGUUCCAGAGAGUUUCGCGCGCCUUCCGGAGUAUACUGAGGAUGCGUUUGAAACUGUACCUGGCGACCCAUACUGGAGUCCCCCGUCCGAGUCCAGUAGCCAUGACCUGAUGGAUGAGGUCACUACAUCCGAAGAUCCCAACGUGGUGAUCCUGAGCCAGUUUAGAGAUUCUAGGAAACAACCAUAUUCCAAUCGUCCAAGCCAUACACAGUCUCCGGAAUCCGAACUACGUCCGACUUCCGUCUCAGUUGAGACGAUAUAUACUUCGUUGCAGAAUAUUCCGGAGGAUGAGAUAUCCGAGUCCAUUGAUCUCGAAGCUUACGACAUGACGCUCCUCGAUCACUUUGAAAAUAUUGUGUGGAUGCAAUUGAUCCCCGGGGACUACGGCUAUUUGGAAGCGAACAUCUUCGAGCAAGAGGCUUCCAAUUUCCCUCCACUUCUCCAUGUCAUGAUGGCACUGUCAGCUCUCAGCUUAGUUCAGCAAGGAAACAACCAUUACAUGGAUGUUCUACAGUACUAUGAUCAAGCGCUACCUUCCCUUCAGAGCAGCCUUCAAAACUGUGAUGAUGUUCUAUCGGAUGGGCUGUUUCUGACCCAUUUUCUCCUUCUUAUUUACCAGAUCGCAUAUACGACACCCAACAACGGGUUGAAUUUGUGGUCUCACCAUCUGUCCCGAUUGCUCCAACUGUCCCUAUUGAGACAAUCCGUGACCGAGCAAGAACGAUAUCCGCUCAUUAUCUGGUUGACUUGCCACGUUGAUCUAUAUGCGCUUCUCAGCGGCGCCAGUGAGGGGGCCUAUGUUAGAGCGGCGAUUGAAAGCCAUUUACUUCCCGAAACUGAAUUUCUUCUCUACCCUGUGGGACUCCAGAACUCAAGUGUGAUGCACCCGGACGAAUAUGACCCUCGAUCCUUGAUCAUGCGGCUGUAUCGGGAGUGUUUUAUACUUUCGGCGCGUUUCGGAUUAUUUACUGCUGAGGUGAAAGGGUCGAAAAUGGCAUAUACGGAGCCCAUUUUCCGGGAGCUUGAGAACAUGCGUGCAGCGUUUAAACACCUGUGGAAUUCGGAUGAAGUUCAGUUCUUCAUAGAGAGCCAGUCAAAUAUGCCGAAACCAUCUCAGCAUAGUUUCUAUCAGCUAUCCAUACUCUUCCAUACGUCACUUCUUUUCACCUGCACGAGUUUCGGUCGAAUCGAGUCUGAGCUUGAGAAAGAGAUCCAACACCAUACAAAUGCGAUCCUGCAUCUCGCCGAAAAGAUGAUCGCUCAAGGCCGUCACAAUGGUCCUCUAUUCCUCACUUUCCCUCUAUUCCUAUCUGGCGCGGUUACAUCAUCGCAUACGGCUAAAAUGACGGCGUUGAAGUUACUGGCACAGCUUGGGGAGACAGAGUUGGGGUACAAGGCGGCGACGACAAGCUCAAUGCUUCGGAUUGUCUGCGAAACCCAACUCCAGCAUUGGCGAAGCGGGGGAAGUGUGCGCGAGAUCGAUUGGUCGGAAGUGGCAGCGAACCAUGGAUUCCGGCUGGUGAACUAUGGGUGA